AAUUUGCUUCGCAUUUCUCUCUCUCUCUCUCUCUCUCUCACUCUCUCUCACAAUAAUUCCUCUACCUCACUCACAAACAAGUACUUUCACCAUUCACUCCUCAAAGAAAUACCACCACCUCUCUUCUUGCACCAGCCACUCCACGACCACUACCACCAUAACCUCUACAAAAACUACCACAACUCUUCCACAAUCCGAAUCAACCAUGCUUUGUUCUGUUAUCCGUAAAAUGUGCUCAACAACAUCGACUAGACUACUCCAAGAACAACCACUUCAGAAAUCCACAUCGUAUCUCAACAAGGCCUUCAACACCAUGGCUUCUCCCAUCACUCCUCCCAGCUCUCCUCCUUCUCCUGCUAUGAGCAUGGAAAGCAUCAACGGCGACGAAUUUGACGACCAUGAUUCUCAACAAACUCGCAAGAUCAAGGUUAUGAUCAUCGAUGACAAUGCCAUCAACCUGUCCAUUCUUUCGCGUCUCCUCAACAAGCACUUUGCUGAUACUAUCCAACUCACCUCUGUUCAGAGCUCAGGUCUCUCUGCUUUGAACCAACUCACAAAGGAUGAGGUCGACUUGAUCCUCAUGGACAUCGAUAUGCCAGAACUCUCCGGUGUCGAGACCACAACUGCUAUCCGUACCAACAACUCCCAUACUGGACACUCGAUCUUGGAGCAAAACAAGACUGUUCCUAUUAUCGCUGUAACCACCUCAGACGCUGAGGAGCAACGCGAACUCUACCGCAAAGUCGGCAUGGCUGACUGUGUCUCCAAGCCUAUUGCUGUCCCCAAGUUGCGCAUGGCCAUCGAAGAGGCUAUGAAGGCAGUGCACACUGUCGCUACCACAGGAUGAACUUGAUGGACCUCCUUUCCUUGUUCUUUUACAUUCUUUUUAAAAAAAAGCCAAAAAAAUUUGCUUUUCGUUGCAAUUUUUUGUUAUCACACCAACCAACAGUUCUCUCUCUCUCUCCUUGAGCCGUUCGCUAUAACCAACCAAGUCUCGUUCCAACUACAACGAGGAAAAAAAAAAAAA